CCAGCUGGAAUAAGAAUAAUGGGAGAUUGUCAAGACAAAAGUGAUAACUUCACUUGCUCAGGAAUUCCCUACGAAGAGAGCCAGCCACUUCUGGUUGCUGUUUACAGCAUCAUUUUUUCCAUAGGCCUUCCAGCAAAUUGCUUAACUUCCCUGCUUACGUUGGUACAAAUCCAAAGGAAUAAAAUAAUUGCCAUCUACAUUUUCAGUUUAUCGUUGUGUGAGCUGAUGUACAUAAGUACCUUGCCUCUCUGGAUUGUCUAUGUGCAAAACAAGCACAGAUGGACCAUGGGUGACACUGCUUGUAAAAUAACAGGAUUCAUCUUUUUCUGCAACAUAUACAUCAGCAUUCUGCUUUUGUGCUGCAUUUCUCUGGAUCGUUACGUGGCACUGGUGUAUCCUCUGGAAUCAAGGGGGAGAAGAGGACAGAAAAAGGCCAUCGUAAUAGUCUGUUUUCUUUUUGCUGUGGUUGCAGUAAUCCACACUCCAGUAUUUUACAUGGAAGAGAAGCUGCCACACACAACCAGAACCUGCUUUGAGACUGUGCCCCUUGACAAAACAUUGGCUUCUUUCAGCUUUGCUAGAUUCCUAUUUGGAUUUGCCAUACCCUUCACAAUCCUCAUUUUCACAAACUACAAAAUUUUUCAAAUUACAAAAAGCAGCAGUAGCUUGACUUGUCACCAAAAAGCCAAAGUGAAGUAUCUGGCUAUUGCCAUUAUUGUAAUUUUCCUGAUCUGCUUUGCUCCCUACCAUGUGGUACUCAUAAUAAGAGCCAUACACUUCAUGUUUAAUGAGAAUUGCCCGUGCCCAUUUGAAAAGCAGAUAUAUCCAUUUUCUACAGUGUUUCUGUGUUUAGGCACUGCAAAUGGUGUUGCUGAUCCAAUCAUCUACGUGCUGGUUAGUGAAAACAUCAGAAAAGAUUGUUACAGGAGCCUGAGGAGAUGGAGACGGAACUCAUCCAAGCUAAAUUCAUCCAUUAAUCACAAAACUGACAGCAGAAAAUCGAAAAUCCAAGUAGAAUCAGGGGAAGAAGGGCAAAGAGAAGAAAACAAAGAACUAACAGAUACGUCCAACAUUCAGAAGACCUGUACUAGUGGCAGAGACCAAGAAGGUGGCAGCUAGCAGGUAGCUGUUGAAACAAAUAAGAAGGUCCCAAUGCCAGCUGCAGGCUGCAGCACACAAGUAUUUACAUGCUGACAUCAUCUUACAUGUCCUGUAUGGGUCAGCAACUCCUUGAGGACACUACGGGAGCAAUAAUUCUUAUUUCUUCUGUUUGUCUCCUACAACAAACUUUGCCCACCACUAUCAUCAGUGAAAAUAUUACGUUGCUAAGGAUAUGUGGAAUAAACCAAGUAAUUUACUUUGACUCAAAUUGAAAUCCUAAAAACUUAUUUUUUGGACUGAGUCUUUUGUUCACAUGAAGUAAAAUCAGUUUUAUCAUCUGAGCAAAAAAA